AAAUAUCAAGUGAUAAUGACGAAAAAGGGAAAAAGAAUGGCAACUGAUUGCCAUCCUAGAGGAAGGGGCCAAGGACUCACCCAGCCACUCACAGUCAGAUCCUUCCUAAGUGAUCCUGGCAACGGCUCCCUUAAGUCCCUCCCGCCCGGGCCCCGCCCCUCACCCCGGGCCCCGCCCUUCGCGCUCCGCGACGCACCGCCUCCUUCUCUGUUGGCCAAUCCGGCCUUCUCCGCGGUUGCGCGCCUUUCUCCCUCCGUGCCCUCGCGCGCCUUCACCGCUUUGCCAGUCUCAACCGCGCGCCCGUGGGGGCGGGGCCCGGAGCAAAAGACCACGCCAAUGGGGCGCGCGCUGGGUCGGACCGACGGACGACGGCGGCUCAGUUGGAGGCGGAAGGAGGCUUCGGUCGCGGAGGGCUGUGAUCGAAGGUACCUUGGCAAAUCCAGGAAGCAGCUCCGCCCAGCAGCUUGCUCCAGAUCAACAAGUCUGCCGAAGGAGCGAUCAUCAUCUAUGACAUCAACAUCACCAAGAUCGGCCUGCACAGCCUCUGCUUCAAGGUCACCAUCAUCCCCCAGGUUCCUUCUGCAUGAACCUGGACCCGUUCAGCCAGUACUCAGAUGAAGUCUGGACGUCCCUGGAGCUGGCUCAGCCCUUGCUGAUGAGCAGGACCACGAGUGUGCAGAAGGCGGAGAGAACCUCAGUUUUUAGAGUGGUUGUGAAGAUUAAGAAAAUGAAGGUCUAGAAUUCUGGCACAUAGUAGGUGUUCAAGAAAGGUGAGUAUCACCGCUGCCCCACUGCCAACUGCUACAUCUGGUGGGAGGACUUGGGCCCCUGGGGUGGCAGCAGUGGGUGGGGAGGGUGGGCGAAGCUGGUGCUUACCCUGCCGUAUUGCACGCUGUCCUUUCCUGUUGGCCAUGCUGUCCUGUCAUGGUCAUCUAGAGGAACCCCUGUCUGGGCUAAUGAAGUGGUGUGGUCCUUCUCAAGGACUGACUGGAUGGACCUGUUGUUUAGAGGAAAUAAAGAUGAGGUCAGUAUCUCUCCCAGUAGUGGGGUGUAUGUGUCCAACACUCAGGCCCAGCUCAGGGUAUACUCCCCAUUCAUUCAUUCAACUAACAGAAUACUGACCUGAUAUCAUAGUUCCUUUCUCCCUGUGUGGUACCAAGCUAAAUGCCAUCUAUUAUCGCAGAGUCAAGCAAGCCCAAUCUUCUGAUGCCAUUUCACAGGGUGAACUUAAUUUGCCCACCACUGGAACUCUGUUUUCAGAAUUUUCUUAUUUUUUUUUCCUUUUUUGAGACGGGUUCCUGCUAUGUUGCCCAGGUUUGUCUCAAACCUGAGCUCAAGUAGUCCACCCACCUCAGCCUCUUGAAGUGCUGGGGUUACAGGUAUAAGCCGCUGCACCCAUCUUGUUCUCAGAAUUUUCAUUUUGGCUUAAGCUUUGGUGCAAUUGUUUUGCCCCUACUGUUUACCAUCAGAUUUGUCAGUCAAACUGACAGAAUAUAAAUUAUGCACAAUUCAGAUGCUGAAGACUUUUUGAAUGUCUUGUCUGUGGAUGAGUGAGCUGACAACCUCUGUACCUCAGGUUCCUCAGCUGUAAAAAUAAGGGUAAUAUCUAUCCAUUCAUCCAUUCAUCUACAUAUCUGUGUAUCUGUAUAUACUUGUCUACCUACCUACUAUUAAGUUUAGCCUAAAGCUGCCUCCUUACAUAUUUUAAGUUUGGCCUAAAGGUUUUCCAUACAUAGUGAACUGUAAACUAACUGGACUUCUACACAAACAGAUUGCAACCUACUCUUGUCAAUUGCUGAAUUUCAGCCAAUCGAAGGCAGCCAACUGUUUAAAGCAAACGCUGAGCUGCAACCAAUAUGGCCGUUUCUGUAACUCACUCGUUUUCUGUCCAUUCAUCUUUGACCACGUGACUAUACCAGAGCCUCUCUGAACUUAUCUGGUUAAGCGGCUGCAUGAUGUUUGGAUCAUUCUUUACUCAGUUAAACUUUGUCAGCCAGGUGCCGUGACUCAUCCCUGUAAUCCCAGCCCUUUGGGAAGCCGAGGCAGCCGGAUCCCCUGAGGUCAGGAGUUCGAGACCAGCCUGGCCAACAUGGCAAAACCCUGUCUCUGCUAAAAAUGCAAAAAUUAGCCGGGCCUGGUUGUGCACACCUGUAUUCCCAGCUACUUGAAAGGCUGAAGCAUGAGAAUCUCUUGAACCUGGAAGGUGGAGGUUGCAGUGAGUUGAUACCAUGCCACUGCACUCCAGCCUAAGGGACAGAGAAAUUCUGUCUCAUUAACAAAACACAACGAAACAAAACUUUAGACACAUUAAAUUUGACAGAGGUGUUUUGUUUUUUUAAGAUGAAGUAUUGCUCUGUCGCCCAGGCCAGAGUGCAGUGGCAUAAUCUCUACUCACUGCAACCUGAGCCUCACAGGUUCAAGCAAUUCUCAUGCCUCAGCCUUUCAAGUGGCUGGGACUACAUGCAUGCACCAUCAGGCCUGGACAAUUUCUGUAUUUUUAGUAGAGGCAGUCUUUGGCCAUGUUGGCCAGGCUGAUCUUGGACUCCUGACCUCAGGUGAUCCACCUGCCUCGGUUUCCCACAGUGCUGGGAUUACAGGCAUGAGCCGCCACACCCAGCCUUACUGCAUCUAAAAGUUUUCUCUGAACAUGACUACCCAUCCAUCUGAUCUGAUCUUCGGAUUCUUGUGUGCUGUGAAGACGGUGGGAUUGGUCAUUGUGUGACUGAGAAGUGUCCUCUAGGUGGCUAACUUCGAUGGGGAUCAACCCCAGUGAUCCCCAGGGACUGAGGCCCCUCGGGAUCCUUGCCACCCCACACCACUAUAUAGAAGGCACUUAAGCUCAAACCACCUGCUACCAGUGGCCUGUGGUUCUGCUUCCUAAGACCCUGCUCAUUAAGAGGGGAGAGUAGCAGGUAGCAGGUCCCUCUGCUCCAGACAGUGAGCUCAGCUUUGUCCCGGCUGGAGGGAGCUGAGAGAACAGGGGACAGCAGGCCUCCUCCUGGCCUCUUGUCCAUGUGUUCUGGCCAAUAGUAAGUGAUGCCGUGUGUACAGACCCACGGCAUGCACAUAACCCACCUGUCAAAGCAUAAAUGACUGGGCCUGGCAUGGUGGUUAACAACUAUGGGGAGGAUCUUUCUUUGGAACCAGCCUUAUCCUACUGCAGCAUUGAGACAACUCCAGCAAGCUGGCUCGGCCCCCUUGAAGACAUCCAUCAUGUUGGAAGGCAUUUGCUCAUCCCAUGAACUGGCCCUAUGGGGACCUAAUCAUCUUGGCCAACUGGACCGAUUUUGGUGAAUUAUCCCUUAGCAGGGCACCAUGAGGGGGACUUUAGCAGGUGCUCCAUCUGUAAUUGUGUUGGUUGCCCUCUAACUGCCUGAGAUGCAGGUGGUCCCUUCAGCUACAUCAGCUUCAGCCUGUGCCCUUCUGAGCAUGGCACCAUGGUGGACUCACCUCUCAGGUCUAAGCUCGGAUCUCCUGCCUGCAGAGGAGUCUCUACCGUCCUUGGUGCUGGUCCCAGGUUCUGUUUCUGCAAGGUCAAGAGAGUCCUGUCACACAACAUGGUCCAGAUACUGACUUUGACACCCACUGACCAUGUGGCCUUAACUGCUCUGAACAUCCGCUUUCCCUGUUCUGGCUCCUGCCUCCUGUCCAGCAACCUCAACACCCCACUCUGACUUCUCCCAGGAACAUCAUGCAGGCAUUCACUCAUUUUUUCAAUCAGGGAAUAUACUUGAGCACCUGCUGUGAACUUGAGGUUGGAAAAACAGCAGUGAACACUGUAUAAAGUUAUCUCUGUUUCUCCCGACAGCCUUGCUCAAGUAGUUCCUUGUGUCUGGAAUGCUCUUUUCUGGCUAACUCCCACCUACCCUCAGGUACCAUCUCUCCCAGGAAGGACACCUCCCUACCACUAUCCCCCAGAUGUGGCCAGUAACUGAAGGCAGAGCUGUAGAAGUUUAACCACAGACCUGUAAGCAAGAAAUAGCUGCUAGUGUAAGCUGCUGAGAGUUGGGGGGCUAUUUGUUACACAGCAUCACUGCGGCAAAAACUGAUCAAUACAAACAGGCAAGUUCUGGCUUCAAGCUUCAGGACUGGAACUUUGUGAAUCAACACCUAGGGUUUUUAGCCAGGGUGGGCCAAUGCUAAGCAGCUGUUCUCAGAAGAGACAAUGUCUGAGAUUGAGGGAGAGCUGGGUGUGAGUCUUUGCUUUGUCAUGCAGGGGUAGUAAAAAGCCUAGUGAUUAAAAAACAUUCUUUGGAAUCAAGUUGCUUGGGUGCAAAUCCCAGUGCUGCCACUUACAAGCCAUGUAACCUAGGACUAGUUCCUUAACUUUUGGGCCUCGGUAUCCUCAUCUGUGAAAUGGAAAUGAUUCAAGUACCAGCCUCACAGGGACAUUAAGUUGAUUCAGUGAGCUAAUAUAUGUGAUGUGCUAUGAGUUGCCACUUUUCAGUCAUUGUGUGUGAGCUUGGCUUGGCAACUUUAGUUCCGUAACUUUGUCAUGUAUCAAGUGCACUUUGUGUUCUUUGGAUUAUUAGAAACUCUAGCAGGCAUGUUGUACCUUUCUAGGCACCAAAACCUUCUUAUGCUGUCUCCUUAGCAACUGCAAGCAUGGACUCUGGAGUUGGACACACUCAAGUUAUAACCUGGUGACCUUGGGCAACUGAUUUAACUCUCUUUGCUCAUCUGUAAAAUGGCAACAGUAACUUGACAAGCCUCUGAGGGUGCUGGCUCACGUCUGUAAUCCCAGCACUUUGGGAGGCCAAGGCAGGUGGGUCACUUGAGGCCAGUAGUUCAAGACCAGCUGGGUCCACAUGGCUAAGCCCUGUCUUUACUAAAAAUACUAAAAUGAGCUAGGUAUGGUGGCACACACCUGUAGUCACAACUACUUGGGAAACUGAGGCACAAGAAUCACUUGAAACGGAGAGGUGGAGGUUGCAGUGAGCUGAAAUUGCAUCAUUGCAUUUCAUCCUAGGUGAGCAAGACUUCAUCAAAAAGAAGAAAGGAGGGAGGAGAGGGAGAGAGAAAGGUGGGGAGAGAGGAGGGAGGGAAGGGAAGGGAAAGAGGAAGGAAGGGAAGGGGGAAAGAAAGUAAGAAAAGUUAAACACUCCUGGAGCAGGGGGUUGGGGUGGGAGUAUUGUCUGUGGACUCAAGAAUGGGGAGAGCUCCCCUUCUUGUGCUCCUGCCAUCUUUCUUGAAAAUAGCAUUUCCAAAUCGAGAAACAGAGGGGACUCCUUCAGCCUGUUUCAAGAAGACAAGGAGUCCAUCUGACCUGGGCUAAUCAUCCAAGUCAGAGCUGUAGUAGUUAAACCACAGAUGCAUAAGCAAGAAACAGCUGACGUUAUAAGCUGAUGGAAUCUGAGGGGUUGUUUGUUACGCAGCACCAUUACAGCAAAAGCUGACAAACGCAAAGAGGAAAACUGGACUCAAGUGGAAGGGGACAGUGAGAGAAACUUGGGUUAGGACUGGAUGCUAUGGGCAUCCUCCGCCUUUGCCCUGUGCCCUCUGACACAUUCUCAAACUUACUGUUCCCUGGAGUAGCCAACUUACUAUUCCCUGGAGUAGCCCACCAGGCCCGAUUACCUGGUUGAAGACAUGCUGGCCGACAUGGGCAUCCAGAGCCACCAGGGGUCAUCUAGCAGGUACACAGCUGCCUUUCUGUACAUAGCCCGGACGAAGCUCAGCUGCUACUUCUGGUCCCUGAGAGAUUCAUGCCCUGUGGCCACAAAAGGAACAGUGUUCUGAGUUUGCAUCUACAGGGUAAAACUGGGGAGCCCAAGUAGGAGCAGGUUGGGGCAUAUCUUCCCAUCAGGGUGAGGUGUGUCUCCCCGUGCCUGUCCCCUGGGGACAUGCUCAGCUUCAAAGGCACUCACUUCCAAGCCGGCAUCCCCUACAUCCUUACCAACCUCACUUCUCCCCUUCCCAGCACGCUUCCUGGAGGAAUUACCUGCACUUCCUAAGCAACUCUGUCUCCUACUUACUCUCUGUAUCCAUGAGUCCAACUUCUGUUCCCUUUCUCCACUGAGACCACCUUUAAUGAGGACACCAUUCAUUUCCCUAUUCUAUGAUCCACUGGUAACUUUUCAGUCCUUUAAUUUUAAAUUUUAAUUGACUUACCUUAGUUUUUAUUGAUAUGUAAUAGUUGUACCUAUUUGAGGAGCACAGGUGAUAUUUUGAGAGCUGUAGCACAGUGGUCACCAACCUUUUUGGCACCAGGGAUCAGUUUUGUAGAAGACAACUUUUCCAUGGACCUAUGGUUUCAGGGUGAUUCAAGCACAUUAUAUUUAUUGAGCACUUUACUUCUAUUAUUAUUAUUACUUACUGAGAAGGAGUUUUGCUCUUGUCACCCAGGCUGGAGUGGAAUGACAUGAUCUUGGCUCACUGCAACCACUGCCUGCUGGGUUCAAACAAUUCUCCUGCCUCAGCCUCCCGAGUAGCUGGGAUUACAGGUGCCUGCCACUGCACCUGGCUGAUUUUUUGUAUUUUGGGUAGAGAUCGGGUUUCACCAUGUUGGCCAGGCAGGUCUCGAACUCCUGACCUCAGGUUAUCUGCCUGCCUUACCCUCCCAAAGUGCUGGGAUGAUAGGCAUGAGCCAUUGUGCCUGGCCUGCUUCUAUUAUUUUUACAUUGUAAAAUAUAAUGAAAUACUUACACAAUUCACCAUAAAAUAGAGUCAGUGAGAGCCUGAGCUAGUUUUGCUGAAACUAGACGGUCCCUCUGGGGGCCAUGGGAGACUGUGAUAGAUCAUCAGGCAUUAGAUUUUCAUAAGCAUGCAGCUGCAGGGCGUGGUGGCUCAUGCUUGUAAUCCCAGCACUUUGGGAGGCCGAAGCAGGUGGAUCACGAGGUCAGGAGUUUGAGACCAGCCUGGCCAACAUGGUGAAACCCUGUCUCUACUAAAAAAAUACAAAAAUUAGCUGUGCAUGGUGAUGUGUGUCUGUAAUCCCAGCUACUCAGGAGGCUGAGUCAGGAGAAUCACAUGAACCCGAAAAGUGGAGGUUGCAGUGAGCCAAAAACGUACCACUGUACUCCAGUCUGGCAACAGAGUGAGACUGCAUCUCAAAAAAAGAAAAGCAGCAGCAGCAUGCGACCUAGAUUCCUUGCAUGUGCUGUUUACAGUAGGGUUUGCGCUCCUAUGAGAAUUAACACUGCCGCUGAUCUAGAGGUGGAGCUUAAGUGGUGAUGCGAACAAUAAGGAGUGGCUGUAAACACAGAUGAAGCCUCAUAUACCUGCCCGCUGCUCACCUGCUGUGCUGCCUGUACAGUUCUUAACAGGCCUCAGACUGGUACUAAUUCGUGGCCAGGGGGUGUGGGGACCCCUGAUGUAGACAGUAUGUAACAAUCAUAUCAGGGUAACUGAGAUAGUCAUUACCUCAAAUAUUUAACUUUUGUAUUGAGUACAUGACAAUCCUUGUCUUCUAGCUAUCUUGAAAUUUACAAAUAAAUUCUCAUUCACUAUGA